CCAUUACAAAUUUUUUCUCUUUCAAAGUCGUCUAGUAAAAGUGAAGUCGCUCUGAAAAAAAUUUGUGAAAAAAAAUAUCAAAACGUGCAAUUCAAGUUGACACAUCAACGUUAAGCUAGUGACAAAUUGUUUUAACUUUAGAAACCCAUCAAACAAGAGACACAAAAAUGCGCGGACGAGGCGGCUUUAUUCCACGUGGUGGUGGUACCACUCGUGGUGGCUAUUAUAAUAAUCGCAACUCCAGCAACUAUGUGAACACCCGCACCCAGGGUAACUACCGCCCCAACGGUGGGCGGUACGAGAACAACUACCACAACAAUAACAACCGCUACAGCGGUGGUGGGGGCGGGGGCGGCGGUAACAGUCACUACGAGAACCGAAGCAGGGAUAAGUUUACCCAUCAUAACUCUAGCAGCAGUGGCCGCUACGAAUCCAGCUCGGGCCACAAGCGAAGCUACGACUCAUCUCGUGACCGCAGCGACGACCGCAAACGCCCGCGCCAAGACGAUUACCGUCGCACGUCCUCCUCGAAUGAUCGCAGCGAUCGUCCCUCGUCCUCAUCGCAGAACGUUGGAUCCUCCUCCUCAUCGAAUUAUCAACAUCGCAGCAGCACCGGCGGCGGUGGAGGAAGCUCCAGCACGUACCGCCAGCGCGAUGAUUCUACCAGCGGCAGCCGCCAUCAGAGGGAUGGAUCGAUGGGUCCGCCCAAGCGGAUGCUUCGCAGCGUGGCGGGCACAAGUUAUAUAUCCCGACCACGGGGCACCAUGAACAUGCGCGGCGGAAUGAUGCGCAGCGGAAUGCGGGUGGGAGGCAUGCGCGUAGUGCGCACUAGGGUCAACGAGUCAAAUGACUUGCGUACCAUGCGCCGUCAACUGCUCUAUGCUCAGCAGAAAGACCGGGCCCGCCUGCUUAAGAUUCAGCAGCUGAAAAGCUCGUUGCGGCGCCAACGCCAGGGAGGGAAUAGCAGUGACAAUUCCAGUGACAAUGAGGAGAAGGAUGGCGAUGCUGAGAAGAGCAAGAAAAAGAAAAUCAAAGACAAGGACAAUGAUGGCGACGAUGACGAUAACGAUGAUGAUGAUGAUGAUGAUGACGAUGACGAUGAAGACGAUAAUAAGGACGAAAAGAGUAAGAAAUCAUCGCCGGGUAAAAAGCGUAGCAGCCUCAAGUCAGAAUCGAAAGAUGAUAAAAGCGAUGCCGAGGACGAUGAGCAUGGAGAUGACGACCAUGAUGACGAGAAGGACGACCAUAAUGAGUCUGAUGCCAAGAGCGCCAAGCAUGAAGCCACCGAUGACGAGGACGGCGACAAGGAAAAGGGCGAGGACGAAGCCGGUAAUGGUGAUAAGUCCGAAGAGAAGCCCAAAUCCUCGAGCGCCGCCGAAAAGUCUUCGAGUUCAGGUAAGAAGAAAGAUAAAGACAGCGGUGACUCGAAGGAUUCCAAGUCGAAGAAGUCCUCGUCUUCCGCCAAGAAGGACCGUUCUUCGCGCAUGGACGAUUCAGGCGACGAGCGGAGCAAGGACCGUCGCAACUCACGUCAUCGCGAUGAUGACCACAACUCAAGCCGCAAACGCACUUUUAUCAAGCUAAUUUGCGUUCACUGUCGCGUCAAGUGUGUUACUUUUAAGGAGUACAACUACCACUUAAACUCCCGUACCCAUAAGAACUCCAUGCGCCAAGUAGCUCUAAACCAGCGCGCUGAUCUGCAACGUAUGCGUGCUCGCCAGCGCACCACCCAGCGCGAAAUUGAGGAGAACAGCAAAGAGGAACAUGAGUCGCGCUAUUGCCGCCUCUGCCGUUUGGCUUACCGCCAGCCCAAAAAUCUUCACCAGGCAUCUGAGCAUCACAAGACCAUCAAAAAGUUUUUGAUGCCUUACUGCGGCUCAUGUCAUUUGGCCUUUAAGAACGCCAUGCUCUAUGAAAACCAUCGUUGUUCUCUGGAUCACAUCCGGAACAAGGCCCGAAAUGACGAGUCCGGAUCGGAUGACAGUGUGGAUGAGCGGGAGAUCGAUUUGAAUAAGUUUAUGACCGUAGACUCAGUAGGUGAAAUAGAUGUGGACGUAAUGGACGCCGAUGUGGACGCCAUGGUGGUCGAGGCAGAGAACGCUUUAAAGAGCACUGACGAGGAGACUCGCAAGCGCGGCCUUAUUGGCCCGGAAUACAUCAAAUCCAUUGAAGCAUUCUAUUGCGAAUUGUGCAAUCACUAUUCUGGCAAAGUUGGUGACAUUUCUCUAGAGGAUUACACCAAAAAGCACUGUUUGUCGCAUUCCCAUGUAAAGGCCUUCCUGCGUCAAAAGGAUGAAAACGAGAAGAAAAACAAAUCGUUGGAAACCGAAGAGGACGAUCAGGAGGGCGAUGAGAAAAAGGGCGAAGAUGACGAGCCAGAGGUCGAUGAAGAGAUUGAUGCCAAAAUCGAUGAAGAUGAGGACGACGAAGAGGAGUAUGGUGAUGGAGAGCACCCAGAUGACACUAACGAUGAAAAUAUGUGGGAAGCAGUCGACAAGGACCUAGGGGACCUUUUGGCUGAAGUCGAUCAGGAAGAAGAGGAGGAAGAGGACGAGUCUGUGCUCAACAUUGACAUUGAAAGUGAGAAAAACAAGUUGAAAGACGCUAAAGAGGAAGCCAAUGGCGAUGGCGAAGAGGAAGCAGAAAAAGAAACCGCACCGGUUACCAAGUCACCAGAAAAGAAACCCGCUGUUUCCCCCGUCACCCCAAGCAAGGCAGUUAAACAGCCGGUAAAGAAAGCCACGCCCAAGCAGCCUGUCAAAAUAACCAAACCUGGUCCGGCUUCCACGAAACGCAAUGUCGUGGUCAGUGUGAAGCGUACUUCAAGCGCGACCAUCAAAGCAGCCACCAAGUCCUCUGCCAAUUCGGCUGGUGACUCCAAAUAAUUCUCACUUGAUUAACGAAAGCAAAAAUAAUCUAUUUACUCCCUAAAGCCACAACCAAACCCAGUGAUUUGGUUGCAACAAGUAUGAAACAUAUUUCAAAUAUAAACAUAAUCUGUAGUGUGCUCCAAGAAAAGUACAUGAUACCCAACCAAGAGCUGUCUCCGGCCGGUUUAAUAAAUGUCUAGACCUUACUGA